CUGAUAUCAGCAAAAGUGGGAGGCCACGGGUCAUACCCUCCAAGGCUACUAGCGGGAGUGACGCACUGACAUCAUCGCCUGCUCCUUUUUGAGGAGCUUGACUCAUCUCGCAUGUCUCAUUGAGAGAUUAACGCUGCGGUAAACGUCAGCUUGAUGACCAGCCUGCGGUUGCAGCGUCAGCCACACAAGGCGGCUGAUUUGCACUCACAGACUGACAUUCGACUCAUGCUAACUGCUGUCUUUCCCUACGGAGCACUACAGAUGACGACCAAGCUUAAUCCCACAUUUGUCCGAGUCCCCGAUGGCGAACCGUUACACCCAAUCUCCUGGUGCCCCUCGAGCUGAGCAUGGUCUGUCGUAUCGGCUUUUUUUUCUUCUCUCCAGCUGAGGGCACUUCUCUUGGAACACGGAAUUUGAUUACCAAGGGGGGCACCAGAAAGCAAAACAGUCCUACACGCAUGUAUUUCCCCGCGCGAUGGACAUCUCCUGCGGAGGAAGCAAUCCCAAGAUUUGGUGGGAUAUCCACCCCCCCUCCGCUAUCAGAACUUAGUUGAAGGUGCGGAAACGGGCUUCCUUGGAUCUUCCUCAGGGUCUUCUUUUUCUGGAGGCGUGGAGGCAAAUUUCAGGGGAGGAUCGCUGCGGUCCAGACAGGCUCGUUUCCACGACCAUAGGGAUCGGCACAUUCGACAAGAAAACAUUCCGGCCAUUGCGGGAAUAUGGAAGCAAGAUACCGAGAGAGCCCUGCCGUCUAUCCUGGGCUCGCAGGCAACAAAUGAGGGGCAAUUCCCGCGUCCGGGAGGUGAAGAUCAAGACCUGCACAGCCAGCAAGGCCGUCAUGAAGAGUCUCGCAAUUUAGAGAGCCUAGGAGGUGGAGAAGGGCGCAGUCAGGGAUUCGCGCGACGGCAAUUCCUCUUGACGCAUCGCGCCAACGGCUAGUACAGCGUGUAAUGAGCAUGCCGCUCCCCGCAGGCGGCCAACACGACGUCUUCAAUUCGCUCAGACACACACCGAUAAUCUAGGACUUUCGUUGACAUUUACGGCUUCAUAAUACCUCAGGUCCCAUCAUUCACACACCGGCCUUACAUGGAGACAACGACUAGCCAAGAUAACACAGAGGGAAUUAUCCAAUCGACCUCUUCGAGCAGAACUGGCAUUGCGUCCCGCGCCGACUACGAUCCUGUCUGAGCGCGUUCAAGAUCGACAGACGCAUGUGCCUGCUGAUGCGAAGAUAUCAGCAAUAGCGAUGCAGGGCACGGGUGCGCCUACUCCGCUUCUCGUCAAAUCGCUAUCAUCGCCCUCACCCGAUCUAUCCUCGACUCGUUCGGCCCUCUCUUGUCCCUGUCCCUUCACAUACAUCCCGCACGCAUUGCAAACGAUCACAUCCUCCGAAUUGUCCUGGGAGGUACUCGUCCUCCUUGUACCACAAUGUGGGCACCGUCUUGUGCCCUUGGAUGACGCCGCAUCUUCCAACAACCCGUCACGUCGCCUUUUGGCCAGUAAAUCCUCAGCCAUGCGCUGCUGUGAGCGCUGGGAAACAUAUGCAGCGCAGGCGUUGCACAGCGGAACAUGCGUAAUGGAAUGUUCCUGCGAGACAAGUGUAGACGUCCCGCAGCGGAAGCAUGGCUGCGCUAGCAGCGCUUGUGGUGACGGCAUCAUCUGUGGCAAUAGUUCAGGCAUCAGAGGAUUGAGCCGAGGCGACUGAGAUUCUUCCAUGCAGAACGGGCUAGGCUCGAAUGUAUUUGAAUGUAGUGAGGGCGAGAAGGAAGCCGGCGGCGCAGAGGGAACCGGUGAGGGAGUGACUGGUAUCUGAUGAGGGUCAACGUCAAGGUCAUGUUCUGGGAUGGGGAAUGAGCGUAUUCUCCCUCGUGGCCUGUGAGGGGCGUACCUGAAGCUUGUUGACUCUCCCCGAGGCUCUGAGAUCCUUCAAACCAGAACGAAUAAGUAAACUCGCCCAUGCUUUGAAUAUCUUUGAGCCCGGAGAGCGAUCUACCUACACCCGACUGCAAUUAUACACCACAAGGGGUCAAAGAUCUGGAUCGGGUGCGCUGGUGAUUGCACUGCAACGUCCAGGCCAAAGCAU